ACAGACUACCGGUGCACAGUUCACCGCUGAGCUGCAGCCAGACGGAGUGCGCUCACACCGGAGGGUUUAACUCCGGGAUGCAUCUGCGUGGCGUCUAAUAAACAACAACUAGUUGUUUCUAACUAAAUAACGCGUUCACCUGUCACUGUUUUGGACCGCUUUGGAGAGCAGUUGUUCCCGUGGAGACUUUGUAAGACACACUGUGGACGGGACUUAAAAGCUGAACUCAAGAUGUCAAUCCUGCCUUUCACUCCCCCCAUCGUCAAGAGACUGCUGGGCUGGAAGAAGGGAGAGCAGAACGGCCAGGAGGAGAAGUGGUGUGAAAAGGCGGUGAAAAGUCUGGUGAAGAAGCUGAAGAAGACGGGACAGCUGGACGAACUGGAGAAAGCCAUCACCACCCAGAAUAUCAACACCAAAUGCAUCACUAUACCGAGGUCUCUGGAUGGCCGUCUUCAGGUCUCCCACAGAAAAGGUUUGCCGCACGUCAUCUACUGCCGUCUGUGGCGCUGGCCCGACCUGCAGUCCCACCAUGAGCUGCGGGCGGUGGAGCUGUGCGAGUACGCCUUCCACACGAAGAAGGAUGAAGUGUGUGUCAACCCGUACCACUACCAGAGAGUAGAGACGCCAGUACUCCCACCAGUGCUGGUGCCCAGACACACAGAAAUCCCCACCGAGUUCCCACCUUUGGAUGACUACAGCCAUUCAAUCCCAGAAAACACCAACUUCCCUGCUGGUAUUGAGCCUCAGAGCAACUAUAUACCAGAAACGCCACCACCAGGCUACCUCAGUGAGGAUGGAGAGACCAGCGAUCACCAGAUGACCCACAGCAUGGACACAAGCUCCCCAAACCUGUCACCUAACCCUGUUUCACCCACACACAGCAACUUAGACCUUCAACCAGUGACAUACUGCGAGCCGGCCUUCUGGUGCUCUAUUUCCUACUACGAGUUGAACCAGCGGGUAGGAGAGACCUUCCACGCCUCACAGCCCUCGCUGACAGUGGAUGGCUUCACGGACCCCUCCAACUCAGAGCGUUUCUGCCUGGGCCUGUUGUCCAACGUCAACCGCAACGCAGCUGUGGAGUUAACACGCAGACAUAUUGGCCGUGGUGUGCGGCUGUAUUACAUCGGAGGAGAAGUGUUCGCAGAGUGUCUCAGCGACAGCGCCAUCUUUGUCCAAAGCCCCAACUGUAACCAACGUUACGGCUGGCACCCUGCCACAGUCUGCAAGAUCCCUCCAGGAUGUAACCUGAAGAUCUUCAACAACCAGGAGUUUGCUGCCCUGCUGGCCCAGUCAGUCAACCAGGGGUUUGAGGCUGUGUACCAACUCACCAGGAUGUGCACCAUCCGCAUGAGCUUCGUCAAGGGCUGGGGAGCCGAGUACAGGCGACAGACGGUGACCAGCACCCCCUGCUGGAUUGAGCUGCACCUGAACGGCCCCCUGCAGUGGCUCGACAAGGUGCUCACACAAAUGGGCUCCCCCAGCAUCCGCUGCUCCAGCGUCUCCUAGGGAAACCCUUCAUCCACCCACUUCCCGUCAGUGACUAAACACACACACAGACUGCAUGCAGGCAAGAACGGCUACACAAAGACGACGAGCCCCCUCAUUCAGCCAAUCUGUAACUUAGUCCUUCCUCCCCACCAGCUGUCAGUAGCACUUUUUAUAUACAUGUUGUUUGUGGCAAAAGGGGACAAGUGCAUUAAAGCAGUACCAUUUUAGUAUGAUCUC